CGCAGCUACAGGAACUGACACUGCCCGUGUCCCGGCAGGCUUUCCGUAGCUAUUUACAGAUGCGGGAUAAACGGAGAGGAAAGUUUUGAAAGUAGUUCAGUGUGUGAAGGUUAUUGACGGGGUUCUAAGCAGUCGAUUAUGUAAAAGAUGUUUUUUGUGUUCCAGUAUGGCCCUGCAGUCAGAAGCUGCUCAGACUGGGACACGAGUGAGGGUCCGGUCAACUUUCUGUCAGAGCCCAGCUCUAGCUAACGCUAACGCGAGCUAGCGGCUAAUACCGGCAGCGGACUGAACGGAGUUAUCGCUGAUUUAGCGGCGGACACUGACUGUAUUUAUAUGUAACGUUAUUUACUAUUUUCUCUGAUUUAAACCGCAUUUCAGAGGCUGUGGCUGCGUAGUUAAUAAAGCAGGACAGAGUGUCGGUACAGUUUUAACACUUAAACUACUAUAAGAAGCGAACCAGCUAGCUUAAGCUAGCUACUGUCACUGAAGGAAGAUAAUACGAGCUGUCAGGAGCUGGCUAACACAAGCUAACUAUGCUAAGCUAGAUUAACCUAACUGAAUUAACUAUCUGGGAGGCUACACUAUUUAUAAGAUAGUUAGCUAGCUAGGUAACUAACUGUAUGGAUUGAGUUAUUCCUGAGAAAUGAAGAUUAUGCUACUUUGGAAAGUUAUGGCACUUUAACUUGAGUCAGUUUUGAGAGUUCAGCUAACUAAAAGUGACCAGUGAUUUAGCUAGCUAGCUUAGGUUAAACUAUAUAUAUGGCACUGGCUGUGUUGCUAUACUCAGUUGCAUUGUGUAAUUAAUUAAGUAUGGCUGUUCUUAUGUUUCCAUGUUUCUCAGCCACCUAACUAUAUUAGUAUAUAGUCCAUAUGUACUGCACAGUGCUGUGAAUUGUUUUUUGAUUGUUUGAAUACAUUGAAAAUAACUUUUUGAUAUAAAUCCAUAAACUCUCAGGAAUAGAAUAGUGGAGAGUUAAAAAACAAAACAAUGACCACAUAAAUACCUGAGUAAUUCAGAUCUGCUAUCAGUUUAAGUAAAUUAACUGUUAAAGUUUAAAGUUAAUUGCAGACAUGUGCAGGCUUUUUCGAUACUGUGUGAGCCAUUCGCUCUAUGCAGCGAUGACCAGACUUGAGGAGAUCAAUAAAGGAGUCAGUUUAUCGAUGUCCGUUCGUUACCUGGGCUAUUUGUCUACGAUUAACUUGCUUGUGGCCAUAUGUCUAGGCCUUUAUGUCCGCUGGGAGAAGACUGCACAGCCUGUGCUACUGGUCAUUUUCAUCCUGGGCCUGUUUGUCUUGGGCAUGGCAAGCAUCUUCUACUACUACUUUAGUAUGGAGCGUAUCAGCCUCUGCCUCUUCCACCUGUGGCUGGGCUUCUUGCUUGGCUUGCUGUGUUUUGUCAACGGGCCUUCCCUAGAUGUAGAUCUGAAGGAACAAGUCACCUGUUACAUGCUGCUGGCCAGUGUGGUGAUAAGAACUCUGUGGGCUUUGGUGGAGCGGUUGUUUGGCUGCACCAGGCACCGUCCUGCUCUGUUGAAGUCUGCUGAAGCCCUGGAGCUUACAGGCUUUGCCGUGGCCAGCACCACCCAAGUUGCACAAGACUCCUUGAGCUUGGCUGUGCUGGCAUUGGCUGUGGCCACCCUGGUUGCAGACCUGCGUAUGAAGUCUUUUCUGGCUCUUCCCAACCUGAUAUGCUUCUCUGUGGUCGCAGCACUCUUCUUCUUUAAGUCUUUGGGGGUGUCCACAAACCCCUACGCUCUGGCCUGCUUCCUCAGCCGGCUGGUCUGUGAGCCACUGCUGGACAUCUACUUCAGUGGUCUUUCUGUGACUGAGCGCUGGGCCCACUUUUUGAGGAGAGGGGGUCUUUGGAGGCGCCUCACUCUUCUGCCCCUCCUGAUCAUUGAGGUGGCCUUUUUGGUGCUGUCAGCUUUCAAGAUGGGCAAUCUGGAUCAGUGGUACAUCAUCCCCAGCUUUUCAGUCUCUGGUGUCUUCUGGAUCAUCUGCCACAUGGUAUUUCUGGUCACUCUUUGGGGCUUCCACAGCAAGCUGAGUGACUGCCAAAGGGCGUGUGUAGUUCAGAGGGCAGAACCUGGCAAGCUGGACAGGGUAAUGGCCUCCAGAGGCAUGCGACACUUCUGCCUCAUCUCCAAACGUCUGGUGCUCUUCAGCCUUGUGUCUACAGUCCUCCUGGGAGCCCUGUCAUGGCAGCCAUCCAACAGCCUGUUCAUUAGUGUGUUUCUGCUGGUUCUGCCCCUUGAAUCCCUUGCCUAUGGACUCUUCCUUGAGCUUGGAAACAGCCUUGGAGGAACAUCUGUGGGCUAUGCAGUGGUCAUCCCUACCAACUACUGCAGUCUGGAUGGUCAGCCCACCUUGCUGCCCCCUGAUCAGGUGCAGGAGCUGAAUCUGCGCUCCACGGGAAUGCUGAACAAUGUACAGCGCUUCUUUUCCCACCACAUGAUUGAGACAAGCGGCUGUGACUACUCCACCAGUGGACUGACAUUAAGUGCGAUACAGGCCAAACUCCGCUCCUUUCUGGAGGCUCACACAGCUGAUGGUCCACGCUAUGACACCUAUAUUCUGUUCUACAGUGGCCACACACAUCGUUCUGGAGAGUGGGCACUGGCAGGUGGAGAUGUGCUUCGCCUAAAUGAGAUUGCGCAGCUCUGGAGAGAAAAGAAUGCUGGCUACUGCUCUCGCCUCGUUCUGGUUCUGGACACUGAGAACUCCCUCCCAUGGGUAAAGGAGGUGCGGAGGGUGCCGGAAGUUUACAUAGCCGUACAGGGAGCAACAAUGUUGAAAUCUGUGGACCCAGAGGUCCAGGAUGCCCCUCAACUUGGAGAUUUCACCUCCCAAUGGGUGGAUUUCAACUGCAACCCCGACAGCCCUGUCCGCUGGGCAGAGCGGGGGCGAAGCGUCAUGGCCACGUACGGACUCUCUAAACACUGGGGAGACUACAAGCUGCACCUGCCCACAGAACAUGAUGUUGCAAAGCACUGGAAGCUGCACUUUCCCCGUUUGACAUACCCUGUGGUUCAGCUGGCCCAUUGGUGUGGUGCUCUGAACCUAUUCUGGCUGUGCGGUAUCGGUCAGCGCUUUUUACGAAGGGUCAAACUCAACUGGUUUCCUCCAGCAGUGCUCGACACAGGCCAGGGCUUCAAGCUGGUCAGGUCGUAAAACAGAUUACGUGCUGUCACUGUAAACAGUGUCAGAAUUGGAACAGUUUAUAGUACAUGACAUUGCUGUUGUUUCCAUACCUUGUAGCUCAAUUUGUCUCCAAUUUGGCACAAUAAAAAUAAACCUUCAGCGAGAUCCUACAAUGUAAUUAUGAAAUAAACAUCGCAACAGAAAAUGUAGAUAUUUCAUGUCAUAACUAUACAUAAAAUAAUACAAAAAAAAAAUGCUGUUAAAGAGGCAGAAGAAUGGUGUUGUGCAAAAUAAAGCAACAUCAGCAGUGAAUACUGUCAAAUACAAAGAUACUAUUAGUGCUUCCUAAUGACACAAGUUUUCACUGUGGCUUAAGCCAAACAUGAAGUGAAAUUUGAUUAACUUAAUCAAAUUCACAAUUCAGUUGAGUCAGAAAGAGCAUCCAGCCUAGUCUAUACUGAUGAAACACAUUAUACAAAACAUGAUAUUUAUUUGGCAUGGUGUAAUAAGGAUAUUUUCCUCAUAAUUACAAGAUAAUAUAUUGUUUACAGCAUAUUGCCUAAUAACAAGACAUUUUCUCAUAAUAACGAUAUUUAUUUCAUAAUUAUGAUGUAACAUCCCAUAGUAAUGACAUGCUAAAAAAGGUUGUUUAAGUUUUGCUUUGCUCCAAUGCACCUCUUGAUGUCCUCAUUCUCUACACAAUUAUAGCUUUCAAAACAUUGUAGGAGACUGCAAAUUAAAAGGAACAUCAUUGUUUUUAGUUUAUCUUAACUGGUAGAGACAUUCAGUAUCAUCUUUAUCCUAUUAUACUCAUCGCCAGUGGGAAAAACAGCCCUGAGCUGCAAGUGAUUUGACUAAAGAAGCAUGAAGACCAAAGUUAUUGUUUAUUAGAACACACUGAUUUGAUAAAAUCCUGAGCCUGAGAAUUUGGCAAAAAUAAUUAAUAAUUAUAAAAUAAAUAAAUAAAUAUAUUUAGUCUAAAUAUAUUUAAAUAUUUAAUGUGAAACAAAAUUAUUUUUAAAUAUAAAACCAUGUCAGCGAUCCCAAAGUGUUUAACAGUAAUGCGUAAGGCUUUUUUUUUUGCUUUUGUUUAUUUACCAUGUGCAAAACCCUUGAGAUGAACCAAGAAAUUUAAAUGAUUCAAAGUUACUAAACGUUUGUAACAGAAAAAACUUUUUAAAUACUCUACUUUUUUUUUUAGAAAAUAGCUUUUUUUUUUCUUUUUUUGUGGAGAUACAAGUUUUUGUUACGACAGCAAUGAAAGUUUGUCUGAUUGGUGACCUUCAGAAGUGGCAGCUUUUAGUUUCAGUGACCUUGGCGUUGUAAUUGUAUUUGAUCUCAGGAGUGAAGGGAACCCGUGCGUGCGUGUGUGUGUAUAUAUGUAUGACUGAACUAAUCUAAAAUGAACAAAUUAAUGAAUGACAAAAUGGGAAUCCAAGCUAAUGGUCAUUGUCACAGAGCAAACUGUGUGUGUUAUUGUCAGAGGUGCCAAAUCCAGGUCCAGUACUUCAGGCAGUUGGAACAAAAUGCUAGGGGCGGAUUUACAGAGAGCAUGGCUUUUUUACUUUCUGGACAUAGAUUGAAGACAUGAUCACCAGCACUUGUUUAUGUGAUGUUAAGUGGUUACAAUGUGCCAUGCAAAAAGCACUAUAUUUGAUUUCAUUAUUUUUCAUAUUUGUCUAAUUUUCCUGUUACACAGUUUAAAACUGCUACUGUUCCUUUUAACACUCAUUCAAUGUUUGGGUUUUUGACUUUAUAAAUCUUCAUAAAGACUUACAAGUACAUCAAGUCUGGAUAUGAAGAUUGUCAAAAUUGUGCAACAAUGUCAUCUGUAUCAUCCAUCACUCUUAUACAUAUGAACUGCUCAGCUGGUCAUGAAUUACGAUCUCUGACACCCUAUAGCUUUAAAAAUAUAAAGGUUGAGUCACUUCAGGUUAUAGGACAUUGAGGUCCUAAAAUGACAUGAGUCUUUUUUUUUUAACUAGAUGUUGAUAUAUUUAUAUUGAAGCAUUUUGAUAAUAAUAUGUUUUUACAUAGUAUUUUCCCCUUUGUGAAGUUUGAUGUUGAUGCUUUACCUCACCAGAGUUUAGCUUUUUAAAAUAAUGUAGUAACACUGUGCUUUUUCCUAUUGAAAAUGCGGCAGGACCAAACCAAGAUAACGUUUUAACCAGCUAUUUUUGUCUCAUUUGAUAAUCUGUACAUAUCCCGGUACACUGUAAUGAUUACGAGUUACAGCAGAUAUGAUCUGUGGUUGACAGGGAGUCACACCUGUAGGUGUAUAGGAACAGUUUUCAGGAUUUUCUGCCUAAGAAAGAUUCUCUGUAGGAAAUCCAGUUUAUCCUUGAAGUAGAUUUAGUGUGCAAAAGGUGGCAUGUACAGUAUGGUAAACUAUACAAUCAUAAUCCCCUCCAAAACAAGUGCCUUGUUAUGGCUUAGACUUCACUAAGUGGCCUUUCUGAGUUACUGACUACUGUGUAUGAAACUAAUUUGUAUCUGUUGGCUGACUUGAACUUGGCAAUGUAAUAUAUAUAUAUGCAAGAAAUGUGAUUAUCCAGGCUGCUCUAGCGUGAUGUUGACCAGAGUAAAAUGGUGUUUACUCACAUGCAUGACGUCAACUUUACUGAAAAUGAUUUUUUUUUUCCAAAAAUAAAAAAAACACUCCUUUC